AUUUUCUUAGUUUCCUAUUUCCUCCCCCUCUCUCGCCCGUCGUUCGCUCGUUCGCCCGGCGUUCGCUCGCUCUCUUCCUCUCUUCUUCUCCCCUUUUCUCUACUCCUUUUCCUUCCGAAAUUUCAAAACAAUGCCCGUAAGAUUUCUGGGUUCCUUUACCAGUCUCCACAAGGAGAUUGCAGACACUGUUGAUGAGGGUUUCCGAUUAGGAUCGAGAAGAUCUUAGGGUUCGAUGUUUUGGAUCCCAAGGUAGUUGCUCUGGGGGAAUUGUAGAGUUUGGCUUUUUUUCAAUUCAUCAGUCGAAAGGAGCGGCAUUUGGGUGCGAAAGGUGGCAUUAUUGCGGGGAUUAAUAGGUGAUUCUUUGCAUCUUUUGGGUUCUGGUAAUCUUCUGGCUUGGAAUGCGUGAUCACUGAGGGGUCCUCUGCGAUGCUGUGGAGGAUCCCGUUGCAGGAAGAAGCUCAAAUCAGGGCUGGGGGGUUUUAUUUCCUUGGGGGAUUUUUGGUGCAACGGAACAUGCUCCAUUCGAUCCUUAGUUUCCAUGAGGUUUUGUGUUGAGGAGAAGUAUUGGGGUAGGAGAUGGUUGUUCGAGAGGGCUAAUACUUUUGUUUUCCGGAAGAAACCAGACGCAACAGAAGAAUAUUUUCGGGCACUGUUUACUGGGUAGUUCUUGUUGGAAGAUUCUGAGAAAUGUUUUCACCCGGGACAAAUCCUUCAAAAGAUGCAACUGGAGUCUCAGGCGGGGUGGCAGUUCCAACGCGGUUUGUGUGGCCAUAUGGGGGGAGAAGGGUCCUCCUGACCGGAACGUUCACAAGGUGGACUGACCUUAUACCAAUGUCCCCUGUAGAAGGUUGUCCUUCUGUAUUUCAAACUAUAUGGAACUUGGCACCCGGCAUUCACCAGUAUAAGUUCUAUGUUGAUGGGGAAUGGCGGCAUGAUGAACGGCAACCUUAUGUGGUGGGGAAUUAUGGGAUAGUGAACACGUUGCUUCUUACUCAGGGACCUGAUCUUAUGCCUGCAGUCUUGAGCCCUGAGACACCCGGCAGCAGAAUGAACAUGGAUGUAGACUACGAAACCUUCCAAUGUGCAGCCACAUCAUCAGGUGCUGCCCUGCAGGAGGCAACUUUGAGGAUUUCAGAGGCUGAUAUAGAGGUCUCUCGCCAUCGUAUUUCUUCAUUCUUGUCCAUGUUUACUGCUUAUGAAUUGCUUCCGGAGUCAGGAAAGGUCAUUGCUCUUGAUGUUAAUUUGCCUGUCAAGCAAGCUUUUCAUAUCCUCUAUGAGCAGGUAGUCAUCUAUUCUUGCUAUCUGAAAUCAAAUUGUCUACAGGGAAUUCCUGUUGCUCCUUUAUGGAACUCAUACCGGGGGCAAUUUGUUGGAGUACUCAGUGCGCUGGACUUCAUAUUAAUUCUGCAAGAGCUCAGUAAUCAUGGAUCAAAUCUAACAGAAGAGGAGCUUGAAACACAUACAAUAUCUGCUUGGAAGGAGGCAAAACAACAAUUCCAUAGGCAAAUGGAUACACAUGGAAGAACAUUUCGGAGGCAGCUAAUCCAUGCUGGUCCCUAUGAUUCAUUGAAAGAUGUAGCUUUGAAGAUUUUGCAAAAUGAGGUUGCAACUGUUCCAAUCAUUCAUUCAUCAUCAUCGGAUGGGUCAUUUUCUCAGUUGCUGCAUGUUGCAUCCCUCUCAGGAAUAUUAAAAUGUAUUUGCAGGCACUUUAAACAUUGUUCUACUUUGCCCGUUUUGCAACAACCUAUAUGUACUAUUCCUUUGGGCACAUGGGUCCCCAAAAUUGGGGAACCAAAUGGGAGACCAUUGGCAAUGUUGAGACCAAACGCAACACUUAGUGCUGCUCUAUCUCUGUUAGUGCAAGCUCGAGUUAGUUCAAUACCAAUAGUUGAUGACAAUGACUCUCUGCUGGAUACAUAUUCUAGAAGUGAUAUUACAGCUUUGGCUAAAGACAGAGCUUAUUCACAUAUUCACCUUGAUGAAAUGAGUAUUCACCAGGCACUGCAACUUGGACAAGAUGUGAGUGCUCCAUUUGGAUUCUUUAACGGGCAGCGAUGCCAGAUGUGUCUUCGUUCUGAUACUCUGCAGAAAGUGAUGGAGCGAUUGGCAAAUCCUGGGAUCCGGCGUGUUAUCAUUGUGGAAGCUGGAAGCAAGCGUGUAGAAGGCAUUAUUUCUCUGAGUGAUGUAUUCAGAUUCUUGCUUGGUUGGCCUCAAGUAUCAACAAGUAACUUCUAGUUUAUACUGGCUUGUGAGCACGUUAUUCUUCGCCUACCGUCUCUAUCGGGCAAAUGGAAUCAUUUCUUCUUCUUCUUUUUUCUUUUUUCCUCCUUUUAAUUUAAUAGGCGUCAUUGGUUUAGAGCCUGGUGUUUGUUGAGAAGACCACAAAUGGUCUGUAAAUGAGGAAUUUUCUUUCAACCCGGUUUUCCAUAAUUGUUGUUUCUGUAUGUGCUUUUGCUGGCUUGGAUGGUUAACUAGACCACAGAUCCAAAGAUAUGUGUGCUAAUAAAGGAAUGCCAUUAAGAGGAAAAAGGUGGGGAAGAUAAGAAAGUGGGAGAUGAGCCAAAUUUGAUGUCACUCAGGUGCUGCAAGUGAAAGUGGCAGGCGAGGUCAUGCCCUUCAGGGGAUCAGCAGCUACCGUCUUCCAUAUACAUCGCGGAGUCUGGGGCCAAGAGAAGGGAGCAGCCCUCGUAAUCUAGCUCGAGUAAUUUCCCUGUGGCAACAGGACUUGGCCUAUUUGCCAAGCUGGGUCUGAGACUCUCAGUUUGCAUCAGGCUGGAUCAAGUCUUUUUGUAACGGAGACAGCGUUCGUGCAUCACCACUCACCAGCCUCCGCAAAGUACAUUUAUGGUCAUUGAUGGGUGCGUCAUCUCUUUUUCUCUCUCUCGGUCUUCUACCAUUACCUAGUUUCACUUGUUGUCCGAGCAUUCUGAAACUUGCCUCCUGUUGUAUACAUAGAUUUGGCUGGGGGUUCUGCCAUAAAAAAAACUGCAUCUAUUAUGUUCUCAUUUAAUUGUCGGUUUCUGA